CGGUCUGUGCAUUCCGAUAUGUUGGGGUGGGAAAUGGUUAGGGAAAGUAUUCUCAAUGUUUGUUAAAAUAAAUACAUUAAUAACAUGGCCAAUCAGCCUAGCAGUAGAAGAAAUGGAGCGACUAAAAUAAGACUGACAAUUCUGUGUGCAAAGAAUCUGGCCAAAAAGGACUUCUUUAUCUGCUUAAAAAUGGUCUUUGAAGCAGACGUCCAUGGACAGUGGAAGGCUUGUUUAAAGCUUGCCCAAGAUGAGUGUUCCAAGUUUGUCCUUGCUGUCAUUCGCAGAGUUUUGUUAUUACAGAGCCGGGCAACAGAUUUGAAGUCUCGUAGGUUAUGUACUGUUGUUGAAACUGAUGCAACAAGUUUUUGUUCAUUAAGAUAUAUUGGAAAGCAGGAUUCUGUCACUAUUAGUGUAUGGAAUCACAAGAAGAUUCAUAAAAAGAAUGGAGCAGGGUUCCUAGGCUGUGUGCGGAUCAUGUCUAAUGCAAUCCAGCUUCUCAAAGAUACUGGCUAUCAGAGGCUAGACCUUUGUAAAAAUAAUUCUGAUGACCAAGAGGUGGUACGUGGCCAGAUAGUGGUCAGCCUUAUGUCUAGAGAUGGACAUGGUUCAGGGAGUCAAAAUGUAGUCAUGGAUACUGUGCAAAACCUAUCUUCUCCCGAGGAACUUCCUGAAGGCUGGGAGGAGCGAAGGACUGCUUCUGGAAGGAUAUAUUAUGUCAAUCACUAUUCUAGAUCUACUCAGUGGGAGAAACCAACAAGACCUGCACAUGAAUCUCAGCAGAGUAAUAACUCCAGUCAGAAUGUUAACAGUAGAUCACGCAGAAAUCAUAUUACAUCGGGUCCUAACAGUGAAGGGGAGUCAUCAUCAUCUUCACAAAAUAGCCAAGUAGCGAUGAGAAGGCGAUCUACCAGACAUCGGAACUUCAUGUCCAGAAAUCAGCUCCACCGGUCAGCCGAGCUACCUGAUGGUUAUGAAAUUAGGACUACCCAACAAGGACAGAUAUAUUUUUAUCAUGUUGCAACUGGAGUUAGCACUUGGCAUGAUCCUAGAGUGCCUAGGGACCUUGCUGGAGUGAAUGCUGGCGACCUGGGACCACUUCCUAAUGGUUGGGAGAUGAGGCAAACAGGAAGUGGCAGAAUCUAUUUUGUAGAUCACAAUAACAAAACAACCCAGUUUACCGAUCCUCGACUUUCGAACAGCCUUGUCCUACAGAAUGUGCUGAAUAUUCGAAGAAAUGGGUCGUCAGUCUCGACAAACAGUGAAGAAAGUAGUAACAUUCCUGCUGGACAGGUUGCAUCCAGUAGCAGUGAUGUAUUGACAAUUCCUACAAUACUUGAUAACAGUGAUUCUCCCCUUCCGAAGUACACACGUGACAUCGUGCAGAAGAUGUCUUCAUUAAGACAGGAAAUUCAAACUUUACAGCCCCAGUCAGGUCACUGUCGCAUGGAAGUGUCGAGGGAGGACAUUUUUGAGGUUUUUCAGUUCUUACCUACAAAAUAA